AUGAGAAGCGACUAUAUGCUAGACUCCACGUGUGAUAGAAAAUAUCAUUCGGAUUACCCUCCUUGUGACUGGAAACAAGUGGAGUACAAUACAAUUGCCGCAGGAUUUUAUUGGCUUGGACCUGUCUCUGGAGAUAUCCACAGAUACGUUUUCCAAGAAUUAGGCUACGAUGAACAACUGAAGAACUUACCCGAAAAUAAUGCUCUAGCUGGACUAUCCGAAAGCCUCAUAGAAGCCUGGAGAUUGUAUGGAAAUCCAGAAGGAGCUAUUUUAUUCGUCGUUGAAAAAGUGUCUUAUAACAUCUGUGAUCAACGUUUUCCCGAAUUCAAAAUUAGAGAACUAAAUCCUCAGGUCAAGGUUAUCAGGAGGACAAUUGAUGAACUUGGAGAGAGGUCCAGAUUGAACCAAAAUGGCGAAUUAGUGAUAGACAAUCUCCUUAUAAAUGUGAUAUACUACCGAAUAGGCUAUGAGCCAGCCAGCUAUCCUACCCAAAAACAGUGGGACACAAGAUUGCUUUUGGAAAGGUCGAAAGCCAUAAAAUGUCCCACUAUCCACUAUCACUUAGCUGGUGCGAAGAAAGUGCAGCAAGAAUUAUCAAGACCUGGGGCACUUGAGAGGUUCCUAGAUGAGAAGCAAGUGGAAAUGGUCAGAGAUAUUUUCGUAGGCCUAUAUGCACUUGAUAUCAAUGAAGAAGGCGAGAAGACAAUUGAAAUGGCACUGAAAAAUCCGGAAAGGUAUGUCUUGAAACCUCAGAGAGAAGGCGGUGGCAACAAUAUUUACGGUGCCGAAAUAAGAGAAGAACUUCUCAGGAUGCGAGAUAGCAAAGAAAGGACAGCCUGGAUAUUGAUGGAUAGAAUCUGUCCGCCUAUCACAAAAGGGUAUAUGAUACGGCCUGGUGCUUCAACGUUACCUCCAAUCUUAGAAAUGGUAUCAGAGCUAGGAAUUUUCGGCGUACUAAUAGGGAAUUCAGAGGAAAUUUUGUCGAAAAAACAACUUGGGCAUAUGUUAAGAACUAAAAUUGCCACUGCUAACGAGGGAGGAGUAGCAGCGGGAGACGGAUCAUUAGAUAGCCCAUAUUUAUUGGACUGA